CAGCAUCUUCCAGUGCGGUGCAGCGACACAUCAGCCCAGUGAGGAAUAGACCACAAUGUACCGCAUAUCAAUGGAUUUACAAAGACAGGCGAACGUCAAGAGGUGUUGACCGCAACACGGCUUAAAGGGAAGGAUUUGAGAAUAAAUAGCCUAAUAACCACUCACUCAAAGGAAAAUGCCUGGCUAACUUCUAUGGGUAAACGAUCAUUCGCAGUCAACCCAUGUUUUCUCGACACCUGACCGCGUUUGGCUCUCACUGGUUGCCCCCAACUCAGGCCCCAUUCGGCGGCUGGAGGAACGUACAUUUCCCCAGUUAUCCAUGUCGGCCGGGUGUGCCCCCUCCACCUCAACUCUCCCAUCCCACCAGGCACCUCUCAGGGGCCUUCCAACCUCAAGAUACCCAUAACACCAACUGGGCAAGACUACAGUCCAAACAACACCUCCCACCAGGGUUCCCUUUUCACGGUUUUCCUCAUCGACACUUCCACCUUGGACUGAUGGAGUGCUCAGACAAGGAGCCUCCAUACAAGCGGAGGAGGAGUUCAGAGGAGAGGGCUCCAGGGGAUAGAUCCAAGGGCUCCCCCAAACGAGAGUACGCACCAAGACAGGCUCGCAGUGACACAACCAGCCCCAACUGCUGGUUCAAAGACGGGAAACCACCGCCUCCUGGGACAAGUCCGCCAAGACAGGCAUUGGAGCUGAAGAGACAAUGGGAGGACUUCUCACACUGCUAUAAGUCCAGACCCCAGUCUGGUGGUGGGAGGCGAGAACCACCCUUUGAGUUCUCUGUGAUGUCGUAUAACAUCCUCUCCCAGGACCUACUACAUGACAAUAACUACCUGUACAAACACUGUAGCUCCUCCAUCCUCAACUGGAAUCACAGGCUCUCCAACAUCCUGAAAGAGCUCAAAGAGCACAACGCAGAUAUAAUGUGUCUGCAGGAGGUUCAAGAGGACCACUAUGAAAAACAGAUCAAACCCUCUCUAGAAGCAUUAGGUUACCAGUGUGAGUACAAGAGGAGGACAGGCAGGAAGCCUGACGGCUGUGCCGUGGUCUAUAAGAAGGACCGCUUCUCCCUGCUGUCCAGUCACCCAGUGGAGUACUUCCGCCGGGGCAUCCCCCUGCUAGACCGGGAUAACGUGGGCCUGGUGCUGUUACUGCGCCCCACAGGAUCCUCCAGGCCGGAGGACUGCGUUUGUGUGGCCAAUACACACCUCCUGUACAACCCCCGGCGCGGGGACAUUAAGCUGGCCCAGUUGGCCAUGCUGCUGGCAGAGAUCAGUACAGUGUCCCGCCUCCCUGACGGCAGCUCCUGUCCCAUCAUCCUCUGUGGGGACUUUAACUCUGUGCCCUGGUCUCCCCUGUACAGCUUUGUUAGGGAGAGCAGGCUGGAGUACGACGGUAUUCCCAUAGGCAAGGUGUCAGGGCAGGAGGAGAAUCCCAGAGGCCAGCGGAUCCUGACCGUGCCCAUUUGGCCCCUUAGCCUGGGCGUCACCCAGCAGUGCCAGUAUGCGACUGCCCCUACAGAUGUUGACAGGGGAAUCACCAACCUGUCUGUGCAGGACUUUGCAGCACCACCUAUGGCAGCUAUGAACAGACCCAGUAUAGAGCACAGUCUGAGGCUGACAUCAGCUUACUCCCACUACCUGACAGAGGACAGCAGGCCUGAGAUCACCACCUGUCACUCCAGGACAGCCAUCACUGUGGACUACAUCUUUUACUCUGCAGGAACUGGGGACAUUUCCACUCAGCCAGAGGGUCCAUUGCCAAGACAAGGGCUGCAGCUGCUGGCCAGACUGGCCCUGGUGGGACAGACAGACCUGGAGGCCGUCAACGGGCUGCCCAAUGAGCACAACUCCUCCGACCACCUGCCCAUACUGGCCUGCUUCCGCCUCUGCCCCUGAGGCUGGAUGUUAGGGUUCAGGGGUUAGCGCCUUGGACAGAACUGGGGGUCAAAGACCUGGGGAGACCCAUAAAUCCAUCCAUACCGCUCACCAGCAGCCAAACACCAAUUGUACACAAGCUCACCAUGGCUUUUGUCUCUCAUCUCUCAUGAUCUCAUAUCCCCAGGAAAUGUUGGAAAGGUACAAACACUGACACUGGUAGAUGUUGAACUUUAAUUUCAAAGACAUUAUUGAUGAAUUUGGAGCUUUGCAGUGGCCUGACUCUAGUGUGUAGAUCUAGGCUACUGCAUCAAGAUGUUUACACAUUUUAACUUUUUUGUGUUAUUUUUACAUUGGUUGAAGAUAUGAAAAUAUACAUUUUUAGAUUUGAAUGAUUUUAUAAAUGUUGAUAAAUUCAUUAAAAAAAAUAUAUAUAUAUAUCUUAAUGUCAUACAGUACUAUUGGGUUUGAUAAUUAGCACAAAUGAAUGCAAAGUACUUACCAAGGAAGAAUUAAUAUAUAUACGAAGAGAAGGAAGAAACUACCUUGCAGCUGGCGGGACACCAUAGAAUAGGUUUUAUAGACUAGGCUGUUAUAGACUAGGCUGUUAAGUGUACUGUUAGACAACAGUCUCUGUCGUCACACAUUUCACAGGUCUGCAACAAAAUCAUCGGCACCUCCUGUAAUCUCAGAAGGAUUGCAAAAUAUAUGCCAGAGCAAAUUCUCAAAUAAAAAAGCUAUCAUCGGGCUCCCGAGUGGAGCAGCAGUCUAAGGCAGUCUAAGGCACUGCAUCUCGGUGCUUGAGGCGUCACUACAGACCCUGGUUCGAUUCCUGUAUCACAACCGGCCGUGAUUGUGAGUACCAUGGGGCGGAGCCCAAAUGGCCCACGUUGUUAGGGUUUGGCCCGGGGUAGGCCGUCAUUGUAAAUAAGAAUUUGUUCUUAACUGACUUGCCUGGUUAAAUAAAGAAAAUCAUCCAUUGUCAAAUGAACUACUGCUCUGUCGUCUGGAGUAAUGUAAGAGCCUUUUUCAUGAAAUUCACCACUCUGGUAGACCAACCACUAUAUAAAUGGAUAUGGUCAAAGAUGUAAACACAUGGAGCAGAACCAAGACCACCAAAACCCAAAUUAGAGCAGGGCAAAAUAGCUUUUAGUUUCAGAGCAGUGAAGUCCGGAACUCCUUGGCAGAAAGUUUUUAAAAAACUUGCCAAAUAGUUGAUUUACGAGAUUAAUUCAUAAAAUAUCUUGAACAACUAGAGUCGGUCUAAGGUUAUUGUAACACUGUAUGCUAUGUUGUAUUUCAAUUCAUAUAUGCACACGGGCUGGGGGGUGUAACUCGUAAUAGGAAUGUGGAUCUUUGUGCUUUUAUUUUGCUUUUGUUUUCUCAUUUCUGGAUGUUUUUACAUUUCUUAAGGACUCAUGGAAGACUAGCCUUUGGGCUAAAGGAGAUUCAAAUCAAAUAAUGUUAGUAUUGAAAAUGAAGGCUGUGUCCGUCACAGCUAUUGUACCGCAUGUAACACAAUAAUAGACCUGCAAUUAAAGACACACUGUACCUGUUCA